GCGUCGCGCAGUUUUCCAGUGCGUCCCCCUCAGCUAAGACUCCGCACCGGCUCGCAGGGAAUAUAAUUCAUUCAAAGAAACUAAAGCAGCGGCGACAAGAAGAGGAGGCUAUACCAUCGAAACUAUUGUCCAGGGAAAAGGGGUCUCCCCAAAACCUGAGCCAUGAGUCGCAGCAUCGUGCGACAGAGUAAGUUCCGCCACGUCUUUGGGCAGGCGGUCAAAGCCGAGCAAGGUUAUGAUGACAUCCGUGUUUCCAAGGUGACAUGGGACAGCUCCUUCUGCGCUGUCAACCCAAAGUUCUUGGCGGUCAUCAUUGAAUCUAGCGGGGGAGGAGCUUUUCUGGUCCUGCCCCUCUCUAAGACAGGUCGCGUGGAUAAGAACUACCCACUGGUCAUUGGCCACUCUGGACCCGUCCUUGAUAUCGACUGGUGCCCUCAUGAUGACAACAUCCUGGCCAGCUGUUCAGAGGACUGCACUGCAAUGGUGUGGCAGAUCCCAGAUCAUGCUCUGACUCGCCCCCUUUCCGACCCAGUCGUCGUCCUGGAGGGACACUCUAAACGAGUUGGCAUUGUCAGCUGGCACCCCACUGCACGCAACAUCCUACUCACUGCGGGCAGUGAUAACCUGAUAAUCAUCUGGAAUGUGGGCACAGGUGAACCCCUCAUCUCCAUGGAUGACCACCCAGACCUCAUCUACAGCAUCAGCUGGAACCGAAAUGGCAGCUUGUUUUGCACCACUUGUAAAGACAGACGUUUGCGUGUCUGUGACCCUCGUAAGAGGGAGGUGGUGGCGGAACGCCUGGCUCCACAUGAGGGCAUCCGGCCAAUGAGAGCCAUCUUCAUCAGAGAUGGAAACAUCUUCACAACAGGAUUCACCAGGAUGAGCCAAAGAGAGCUUGGCCUCUGGGACCCAACAAAUUUUGAAGAGCCUAUAGCACUUUUGGAGUUGGACACAAGUAAUGGAGUGUUGUUACCUUAUUAUGACGCAGAUGCAAACAUGGUGUAUCUGUGUGGAAAGGGCGACAGCAGUAUCCGUUACUUUGAGAUCACGGAGGAGCCGCCGUACGUGCACUACCUAAGCACCUUCAGCAGUAAGGAGCCCCAGAGAGGAAUGGGCUUCAUGCCCAAGAGAGGUGUUGAUGUCACCAAAUGUGAGAUUGCACGGUUAUACAAACUGCUCGACAAGAAGUGUGAACCCAUCACAAUGACAGUGCCCAGAAAGUCGGACCUCUUCCAGGAUGACCUUUACCCGGACACAGCAGGGCCUGAGCCUGCUAUGGAGCCUGAAGAGUGGCUGGAUGGUCGGGAUGAAGACCCCAUCCUGAUAUCCAUGAAGGAUGGUUAUGUGCCGCCUAAGAGCCGAGAGCUCAAAGUGGCGAAGAAGAAUGUGCUGGACUCCAGACCCACCACCCGACGCAGCAUGUCAACUCUGGACACCAACAGCCUGCCGCUCCCAUCUUUGUUUUGAUUUAUUUUCUGUAGUAGCUCACUAUCCUUGACCUGUUUUCCCUUCUGUCUUCAUCCUUUUUUCCCCACUAUCCUUUUACUUUUCCUCCUAUGUUGUCCUUCCCUUCUCUCUACCUUUUCUUCCUUCUCUUCCUGUCCAGCCUCAGUUGCUUGAGAGGUUGUUGGAGGAGAUUCAGAAUCUGAAGGCCACAGUUUUGUCUCAGGAGAAGAGAAUCUGUGACUUGGAGAAUAAGCUUUCCCAAUACACCAAUGGCACUGCUUGAUGUGCAUCUUCUAAAGAACUGGUCUGAAUUUCAGAAUCACUAUUAUUACAGAAAUGCAUUUCCAAUGUACUGACAUAAAAUCACCUCUCUAAAUACUCUUAACGGAUUUGCCUCCUUAAAAGGUGUCAAGAGUAUGAAAGUGGACAAUUGAUAGCUUGUACAAAUCACAGCUACACCCAGAAUCCAAAAUUCUAAUCCAAGUUUUAGAUUAAUGUAUCAUCAAUGCUAUGGCAGUAUAUUUUUAAUCUAGUCACAUGUUUAGGGUGAUUUGAAAGUUAUGAGAUGAGAGCUGAGAGCUUGAAACUGUAAGUUUGAGGGAUUUGAGCAAGUUGGGUAAAAGGUUUUAAGUAAGUUAAUGCUGCUUUUAUUAAUUUAAAAGAGAGAAGGGGAAUUCUUAGAAAGAGGAACACAAAUCAAAGACCAGAAAAAGAAUAAAUGCUCCCACACGUUGCCAUUAAUACAGCAUAUGGACAAAUUUUUACAGUAGCUGCUGCCUUGCCCUCUGUACCAGGCGACCACAUUAUUUAGUCCCUAAAAAUUUUUCAAAAUGUAAAUAGUGACAAAAUAAACAGGUGAAAAAAAGCUGAACUUGUAGCAAAAUGUCAAAAGCAAGACACAUUAUGACAACAAUAAAAAUUGUGUUUUUUAAAACUCUGCCUCAUUUAUUCCUUGUUGCAUUCCUGAUCCCAAUAAAUUUCCUGUGGAACUAUUCAAAACUGUGCACCUGGGAACAGAAGAUGAGCAGGAUGAGUGUUGGGGAAUGGGGGCCUUUACUUCCAACUACACAAAACCAUAAUUUCUUUGACUAUGCAGUUUUAAACAGUGAGUCAGUUAUAGACUUAAAUAAGCUUAAACCUAAACAACACAGUGUCAAAAGCUGAGGUCAAGUCCAACAACAGUAACACGGAACAACGGCCUGCAUCACUCUGCAUCAAGAUGUCAUUGGAGCUGUUUCGGUGACUCACACUUGAUUAGUUUUUAAAUCCUUUUUAAAAAGGUUUAAUACUUUUUCAACAAAGCUUUUUAUUUGUGUGUUAUUAAAAGUGUUUGUGCUUGCACUGAUGAAUGAGAAGGAAACUGUCAUUAUUUUUGUGGGAUAUUUACAGAGAUUAUGUCAACUCGCUUCCUACAAUAUAUCGUUGUUGUUGUG